AUGAGCAAACCGACUGACAAGAAGAUGAACAAGCCGACCGAUAAAAAGAUCAACAAGCCAACUCCAAAGGCAGCGUCACCCAUGAAGGACGAUAAGGUUCCAAUGCUUGUAGUGGUGACGGAAGAGGACGAUGAGUUUGAAGAGUUUGAGGAUGCGGACUGGAAUGGUCAGGCAGAGGAGAAGGACGCGCAUAUCAAGCAGCAGUGGCAGGACGACUGGGACGUGGACGAGGCUGACGACGACUUUUGCAACCAGCUUCGGAAGGAACUACAGAAGACAAGCUACCAGCAACCAGAUUAA